AUGAAGGCUGAGGGGGGCCAGGUGCUUGAUGCACACUUCACUGUAGACAAACAGAACAUCUCUCUCUGGCCCCAAGAGCCUCCUCCCAAGACAGACCCGCCUCUAGCUCUAAGGAAGUGCCCUGCGGUGGUCCGCACAGCAGUCAUCUUCCUGACCCUGGUGCUGGCCGCUGCUGUGCUGCUGCUGGCUGUUGUCUAUCCCUGGUUUAUGAGCACAAUAGCAGAUAUAAAGACCAACGCCCAGUUGCUGAAAGAUCGUGUGGAUAAUAUCAGCAUUCUGGAUUCUGAAAUUAAGAGGAAUAGAGGCAGCAUGGAGGCGACUGGUGUUCAAGUGCGGCAGGUUAAUGCCAGCCUGGAUCGCUUGCAUUCCAAGAUCCAGAGGUUGGAAAUGGGUGUGUCGGAAGCCAAUAUGCAGAUACAGAUAUUAAGAAGCAGCUGGGAGGAAGUGGAUCAUUUGAAUGCCCAAAUCCCAGACUUAAAAAGAGAUUUAGGCAAAGCCAUUGCUUUGAAUGCAAAAGUCCAGGAAAUCCAGAAGAGAUUGGAUAAUUUUGCCAAGUUGGUCAAACAGCAAGGUGACAUUGUGCAGAUGGUUUCUCAAGACUGGAUGUACUUCCAGGGGAACUUAUAUUACUUUUCUCGUGUUGUGAAGACCUGGUACAGUGCCCAGCAGGUCUGUGUGUCCGAGAGUUCACACCUGGCCUCAGUGACCUCAGACAGUGAGCAGGAGUUUCUGUACAAGAGAGCAGGGGGAGUUUUCUACUGGAUUGGCCUGACUAAAGCAGGAAGUACAGGGGCCUGGACCUGGGUGGAUAACACUCCAUUCAACAGCGCCCAGAGUAUGAGGUACUGGGCUCCGGGUGAGCCCAACAAUUCCGACAACAACGAGCACUGUGUGAAUAUAAAGCUGUCCUCGCUUCAGUCAUGGAAUGAUGCCUCUUGUGACUCAAAGUUACAUUUCAUCUGUAAAAGGCCCUAUGUCCCAUCAGAACUGUGAUGGGCCAGGCCCCCAGGAUUGCAGAUGCAGCCCCAUUCUUGUCAAGUUCAAGGAAACACCCUUCUUCCCACCAUGCUUCAGAGUGACUUUGCACCUCAGUCUUUCCUGCUUUAAA